AAUAGGAUCUUUGCCCAUAUAAAUAUACCCUCUUGCUAGGGUUAGGUUAAGGUGCUCUCACUUCAAAUUAGUAUUUUUGGCAUUUUACCUUUAUCUUCAUCCCCUCCCUUGAUUCCAUUGUUGAAACCAAAUUCUUCCCCAAUUUAAUCUACAAAGAUCCAAUUUUUUUUUUUUUUUUUUGAAUUUUAAUCAAUUUUUUCCAAACAAUUCUUGAAAUUAGGGUUCUAGAAAAAUGAAGAAGAGGCAAGUGGUGAUGAGAAAAGAAUCGGUUCGUCGAAGCUCAAGCAAUCAAGUGAGAUACGGCGAAUGCCAGAAGAACCAUGCAGCGAAUAUCGGGGGAUAUGCGGUGGAUGGGUGCCGGGAGUUCAUGGCAGGCGGCGCAGAAGGGACGGCCGCUGCCCUCAGCUGCGCCGCCUGCGGCUGCCACAGGAACUUCCACCGCCGCGAGGUCGACCGCGAAGACAGCUCCUCCCCUUCUUGAUCCAUUAUUUUGAUUUUCAAGAUUCAAGAAAAUCAACCUGCCUUAAUUAAACGGCUGCAUAUAUCAAUGGAAUCAUCCAGUUAAGAGGAAGAAUAAAAUAGGGUGAUCGGAUUUGGAUCUUUUUGGGAGAGUGAGGAACCAAAAGACAGGAUAUGUAAGAAUUCCAACUGUUCAACUAGUUGUUUUUUCAUUUUUUUUUCACCAAACAAAUAGGAAGGAAGCUUUAUAUAAUUAAUUUGAUAUUGUUAUUAUUGUUUUUCUUGAUUAAUCAACAAGAUAAGGCCCACG